GUCAACGUUCCCAAAACCCGCCGGACCUACUGCAAGGGCAAGGAGUGCAAGAAGCACACCCAGCACAAGGUCACCCAGUACAAGGCUGGCAAGGCCUCCCUGUACGCCCAGGGUAAGCGUCGUUACGACCGGAAGCAGAGCGGUUAUGGUGGUCAGACCAAGCCCGUUUUCCACAAGAAGGCCAAGACUACCAAGAAGAUCGUCUUGCGUCUUGAGUGCACUGCUUGCAAGCAGAAGAAGCAGCUCUCUCUGAAGCGUUGCAAGCACUUCGAGCUUGGGUACGUGAUGACUCACUGGUCUUUUCAGUGCCAGCAACUUGUACUAAUAACUUCUACAGUGGCGACAAGAAGACCAAGGGUGCUGCUCUCGUUUUCUAAAUUUGCGAUUUCCUUGUUCGGCUCUGGGUUUCCUGCAUUGCACAGGCCGCUACUCCCGCGGCGGGGGAAUAUGACAUUGGGCAAUGGGAAAAUGGAUAGGGCUUCAUAUUCAGAAAAAAAGAAUAUAUGACUCCUAGUUGAUGAGUCUCUUCAUGAAUUAAUCCCCGUUAUGACGAGUAGAAUGUCGCAAGCGGCCUCCUUCAUCUGUGCCAGUGUAAGCCACCGAGAUUCACGCCAUACCCUACUCGAUUUUCACAGGAGGAGAAUCUUAGAUAUUCUAUAUCUAAAGGGAAUGAUGUCUCGCGGGGAUCGCAUUUGUUCAAUUAGUCUGUGAACGGCAUUGUCUUUCGGUACCUGUAGCUCCACCUUGCUUAUCAAGCCAAGCCACAGACCCGUUAUCAAUAGUAUCGAGAUCCUCAAGCGAAGCCGAGUCAUAUCUGCUAUAUUGCAUCGGCCCACAGAAG